AUGUCUUUGGGUGAGUAUAACCCCCCACACUGUCCUAUUGGUCUAGAUCGGACUGGUCAAGCUGAUACAGUAUCCAUAGACGAAGCAGCCCUUGAGGCAGUUGCCAAUGGCGGCUCGAUUGAUAUUGUAUUUCCCAUGCCGAAGCUCCCCCCGAGCUCCCUGAAUCGGCAACCCAUCUCCCAGCCCCCGACGCAACCCGCUGAGACCGAUAUCGCUCCCCCAGAGAGCAGCAACAAGGAGAAUGCAGCGCCAGGGGAUCACCAAACGCCCCCCUCUACUGAACCCACCAUUCCAUCCUCUUCAGCGAACGAGCGAGUGCCGGACUCGCAACCGCAGUCCUCGGCACAGCAGACGAAUGAUACACUACCCCCUCCACUUGCACUUCUUCUGAAAUCUAUUCGCUUUGCGAUUCAGUCUCUUUUCACGACUAAGCCACCACACACCAUCCAGCGAUUUGCAGAGCUAAUCCUGCAACCAACUGCCCAUUACAGAACGCUGCCAGCUUAUCUUCGCGCAGUCGACCGGGUUGUUUCUGUGACCAGCGGCGCUGAUAUAUUCCCAUUCAACACGAACACGGGCAGUGAACUUUCAAAUGGGCUAUUGCAUCCUACAAAUAGUGCGGGGACAUAUCUCGCUCCUGACUAUACCCACGGCUUGGGGAGUGACGAAUCACUAGGCGGAGCCCUUCUCACACCAAUUCCAUGGUUGACCAAUACUUCCUUCGAGGAAGAUGGAAUAAUAGAACCAGAAGAGAAUGGUCACUUGGCCGCACAGGAGACAGAAACUGGUGUUUCUACAGUUGCACCCACAGUCGAGGGCGAGGAAUCCACAACCACAACGGCCUCCCCGCCUACUGAGUCCCCAGAUGAAGUCCCUCAUGCCCGUGGUCCAGCAGUGGUCGGCGUUGAGGACCUGGGCUUGCAAGACGGGAAGGGCGUCGAAAUGAACUUGGAAGCUCAGCAGACGGCUACUGCCAACGACCCCGCAGAAUCUAAUGCUGCUUCAUCCGAAGACUCCGUUCUCGGCGACGCCAAGACGAGCGCUGAGUCGGGCUCUGCCGAUAAGGACGGUGACAUCGUUCUUGACGAUCCUACGCCCAAGGAGCAAGAGCCUAAAACAGAAGAAGCGACUGCGGUGCCCCAGGCGGGCGAGGAGAAAUCCGAGGCAGUUGGUGAUUCUGCACAGACUACCGAGGCCGGGAAGGAGUAA